CAAGUCAAACAAUAUUUUGUUGAUAAAAUGCUGAGCGCAAUUUCUGUUUAGUAUUAGUAGUUUUCUACAGCGGCCGAGAUAAGAUAAAACAAGUACAUCAGAAAUUAUAUUAUACUUCCCAAGUUUGCUAACUGUGACGCGAGAGAAAUCAUGGCAGAAUUUGGUCCGGAACACCCUAGGAAUUUGAUUCCGGAAUUAUGCAAUCAGUUUUAUCAUUUAGGAUGGGUCACUGGAACUGGAGGAGGUAUCUCUAUUAAACAAGGGGACAAAAUUUACAUAGCCCCCUCUGGAGUACAAAAGGAACGCAUGAAAUCUGAUGACCUGUUUGUGCAAACUAUUAAUGAUGAGGAUCUUGAAUUACCACCUCCGGAGAAAAUGUUAAAGAAAAGUCAGUGCACUCCUCUAUUCAUGCUGGCGUACCGAGAGCGCGGCGCGGGCGCAGUCAUACACACACACUCGCCUCACGCGGUGCGCUGCACACUACUGUACGACAAGGAGUUUGUCAUCACACAUCAGGAGAUGAUCAAGGGUAUAAAAGAUGCAACUCUAGGCCGCUAUCUCCGCUAUGAUGAGAAGUUGGUAGUACCGAUUAUAGAAAACACUCCGUUUGAGAAGGACCUGGCGGGUUCUCUUGGUGAAGCGUUGCGACAGUACCCAGGGACCAGUGCGGUCCUGGUCAGGAGACACGGAGUCUAUGUGUGGGGGGAUACUUGGCAACAGGCUAAGACUAUGACCGAGUGCUACGACUACUUAUUCGAAAUGGCUGUGGAAAUGAAGAAAUUAAACCUGGACCCAGCCUUUGUGCCAAAUAAAUGAUCCAAAGAUUGCUCCAUUGAGAUCACAUCAGAUCCACUAAGUAGUUUAUAGGUAAACAAAUAAUUAAUUAUGAAGUACAAACUGGAAAGCGUCGUAAGGAUAGCUGUGAAAUCGUUGUAGCUUGUAUACCACAAGUUUUAAUCAAUUUUUAACUUUAUUAGAAGGUAAUAGGGCUGAAAAUCUGUUUAAAUAAAUGAUUUGAUGUGUAAUUCUAUACCUUACCUUGGGAAAAUCAUAGCUAUAAGUAUACCAUAAACUUCGUCUCCGAGGUAAAUAUGGGAUGAUGUUAAAAAACAUUUUGUUAAAUAUUUACAAAUUUUAUACAAACUCCAUGAAUACUGUUAACUAUUUUUAUACUUUGAAAAAAAUAUAUAAAAUACAAACAGAACACAA